ACUCUGAAUUCAAAACACCAAAAGGUAUUCUAACAACACAUGUGAAGUGAAAUCUUGUUACCUACUUGCAUAUUGCCAGCAACUCUAGUAUAAAAACCUCUUAUAAACUUUUUUUUUUAAGUUAAAUGCCACUGUGGGGGAAAAACAACACUAAGAAAUAACUUUAAACAGAAGGAAAAAACUUUUUUAUUGAUAUGUUUUACUUUGCUGGCAGACCAGAGCAAAGGUUUUGUGAACAUUUAAAAGAUGAAAAAGGUGAAGAAUCCCAGAAGCGGUUUAUCUUGAAGCGAGAUAACUCUAGUAUUGAUAAAGAAGACAAUCAGCAAAACAGAAUGCAUCCAUUUAGAGAUGACAGACGAAGUAAAUCAAUUGAAGAGAGAGAAGAGGAAUAUCAGAGAGUGAGGGAGAGAAUAUUUGCACACGAUUCAGUUUGCUCCCAGGAAAGCCUUUUUGUGGAAAACAGUAGGCUCCUGGAAGACAGUAACAUAUGCAAUGAGACCUAUAAGAAAAGACAGCUCUUUCGGGGUAACAGAGAUGGCUCAGGGAGAACAUCCAGCAGCCGACAGAGCAGCUCAGAGAAUGAACUCAAGUGGUCUGACCAUCAAAGGGCCUGGAGCAGCACAGACUCCGACAGCUCCAACCGCAAUCUGAAGCCCGCCAUGACCAAGACAGCAAGUUUUGGGGGCAUCACAGUGCUGACCAGAGGUGAUAGCACAUCCAGUACCAGAAGUACGGGGAAGCUGUCCAAAGCAGGUUCUGAGUCUUCCAGCAGUGCAGGCUCCUCAGGAUCGCUGUCUCGUAUCCAUCCACCUCUCCAGAGUGCACCCCUGGUCUCAGGCGUGGCAGCUGGUUCCCCAGGUUGUGUGCCCUAUCCAGAGAAUGGGAUGGGGAGCCAAGUCACUCCCAGCAGCACCAGCUACAUCCUCCUUCCCCUGGAAGCUGCAACAGGCAUCCCACCUGGAAGCAUCCUUCUUAAUCCACACACAGGCCAGCCUUUUGUGAAUCCCGACGGAACUCCUGCAAUAUACAACCCACCCACCAGCCAGCAGCCCCUGCGAAGUGCAAUGGUGGGGCAGUCCCAGCAACAGCCCUCUCCUCAGCCUCAGCAGCAGGUCCAGCCACAACAGCCACAAAUGGCAGGCACACUGGUUACUCAGUCUGUCCAGGGGCUGCAGGCUUCCUCCCAGUCAGUACAAUAUCCGGCAGUCUCUUUUCCUCCCCAGCAUCUCCUGCCUGUGUCUCCAACGCAGCACUUCCCCAUGAGAGAUGAUGUGGCAACUCAGUUCAGCCAGAUGAACCUGAGCCGGCAGUCCUCAGGAGAGACUCCUGAGCCCCCUUCAGGCCCUGUCUACCCAUCUUCCCUCAUGCCACAAGCAACUCAGCAGGCAAGCUAUGUCAUCGCCUCCACAGGCCAGCAGCUUCCAACAGGGGGGUUCUCAGGCUCUGGCCCUUCCAUCUCCCAGCAAGUCCUCCAGGCCCAUCCCUCACCACAGGGAUUUGUGCAACAGCCUCCACCUGCACAGAUGCCUGUGUAUUAUUACCCAUCUGGUCAGUACCCUACCUCAACCACACAGCAGUACCGGCCCAUGACCUCAGUUCAGUACAACACUCAGAGAAGUCAGCAGAUACCACAGGCAGCCCAACAAGCAGGUACUUGGAAUCUGUUUCCAUUUUCUUCCCCAACACAGUUAUUUUUGCCGGUGAAUCUCAUAGAUGUACUCUUUGGAUGA